AUGUCGCUCGCUCAGCAGAAGCGCGACUUCAUGGACUUUAUGGGCUACAUGCCCUCCAUCCGGUCGAUGGUGAGCAAGGAGGAGCGGCGCCUGCUUCUCAACGUUGACGAUCUGCGCUCCUUCAACCGCGACCUCGCCCUCGCGCUGAUGCGCUCUCCCGCCGAGUACCUCCCCGCCUUCGAGGAGGCGCUGCGCGAGAUUGUCACCAACCACGACCCCUCCUUUGCGAAGCAGGGCGCCGCCAACGAGUUCCGCAUCGGCGUCGUCGGCUCAUUCGGAGCGCACCACGUCUCGCCGCGCCAGCUCGGCUCUGCGCUGCUCAACUCGGUGGUGCGCGUGGAGGGCAUCGUGACCAAGUGCUCGCUCGUGCGGCCCAAGGUGGUCAUGUCGAAGCACUGGUGCCCCACCACCAAGCAGUUCACCACCAAGCAGUACCGCGACCUCACCUCCCUCACCGGCGCCGCGACUGGCUCCGCCUACCCGACAAAGGACUCGGACGGCAACCUGCUCGAGACCGAGUACGGACUCUGCGAGUACAUGGACUGCCAGACGGUCAUCCUCGAGGCGGACCUGGUCGACUCGACCAAGCCGGGCGACCGGCUGCACAUCACGGGCAUCCACCGCGCCCUCCCGUCCAAGGCCAACCAGAGCGGCACCUUCAAGACGCUCGUCCUCGGGAACCACCACCUGGGCUCGGCCCAGUUCACCGAGGAGGACGUGCGCCACAUCAAGGAGGUCUCGCGCCGCCCCGACGCCCUCCCCCUCCUCGCCGAGUCGGUCGCGCCCUCCGUGUUCGGGCACGACUUCGAGAAGCGCGCGCUGCUGCUGAUGCUGCUCGGCGGCACCGAGCGCAACCUGGCGAACGGCACGCACUUGCGCGGCGACAUCAACAUCCUGAUGCUCGGCGACCCAUCCACCGCCAAGUCGCAGCUUCUGCGCGCGGUGAUGCGCACCGCGCCCCUCGCCAUCUCGACCACCGGCCGCGGCUCUUCCGGCGUCGGCCUGACCGCCGCGGUGACGUCCGACGAGGAGACGGGCGCCAAGCGGCUCGAGGCGGGGGCGAUGGUGCUCGCCGACCGCGGUGUGUGCUGCGUGGACGAGUUCGACAAGAUGGUCGACGCCGACCGCGUCGCCAUCCACGAGGUGAUGGAGCAGCAGACCGUCACCAUCGCCAAGGCGGGCAUGCACGCGUCGCUCAAUGCGCGCUGCUCGGUCGUCGCGGCUGCAAACCCGGUGUGGGGCUCGUACGACAAGAACCAGAGCGCGAUGGCGAACAUCGGGAUGCCCGACUCGCUCCUCUCGCGUUUCGACCUCCUCUUCAUCAUCCUCGACAAGAAGGAGGAGGCCUCCGACCGGCGGAUCGCCGCGCACGAGGGCGUCACGUCGGACGUCUUCACGCGGCCCGACGCGCGCAAGGCCGACGACGACGAGCGGCAGCGGCUGACGGCCGAGUUCAUCAAAAAGUACAUCCACUACGCCAAGGCCAAGUGCAGCCCGCAGAUGAGCGACGACGCCGCGGCGACCAUCUCGGCGGCGUACGCGGACCUGCGGCAGAAGGUGUCGACGCUGAGCAAGCAAAAGUUCCCCGUCACCGCGCGCACGCUCGAGACGAUGAUUCGCCUCGCGUCGGCGCACGCCAAGGCGCACCUGCGCGGCCUGCGCUCAAAAGAGGCGGUCGGCAAGGGCAUCGCCGACGUGUUUGGCAACGGCGAUGCGGGUGUCGACGAGUGUUCUUUCGAGGAGCUGCUCGCCAAGUGCCGCGAGCACAAGCGCAACCUCACCGUCGCCGCUUUCAGCGCAGCCCUCGAGUACUACGAGACCGAGAACCGCGUAAUGCACCGCGACGGUGUCGUCCACGGCAUCUGA